AGGCGUUUUUUUCUUCUCUCGUUCCUCCAUUUUCUAGAGAGAGAGAGAGAUAGAAAUCAAUCAUCGAUCAAAGUGGUUCAAUCGAUGAAGAAAACUAUCUGAAUGGAAUGUGAAUCGAUGGAUUUGGUUAUGGUGAUGACGCGAUCUUCGACUCGGUGAUUUUCUCCAAGCUCUGAUUUUUAAUUCGGAUUAUCUACGCCAAAAAGGAAAAAAGGAAAAUGAACGGUGCCGCUUCCUCCGCCGGUUCUCCUCUAGAGUGGAGAUUCUCUCAGGUCUUCGGCGAGCGAACCGCCGGUGAAGAAGUCCAGGAAGUUGACAUCAUUUCAGCCAUUGAGUUUGAUAAAAGUGGAGACCAUCUUGCAACUGGUGACCGUGGGGGCCGAGUUGUUCUUUUUGAGAGGACUGAUACUAAAGAUCAUGGUGGAUCCAGGAGGGAUGCUGAGCAGAUGGAUUACGCAGCUAAGCAUCCUGAGUUUCGAUAUAAAACAGAGUUUCAGAGUCAUGAACCAGAGUUUGACUAUCUCAAGAGUUUGGAAAUAGAGGAGAAAAUCAACAAAAUCAGAUGGUGCCAGCCAGCAAAUGGUGCAUUGUUUCUGCUUUCCACAAAUGAUAAAACCAUCAAAUACUGGAAGGUACAAGAGAAGAAGAUCAAGAAAAUUUCUGAAAUGAAUAUUGAUCCGUCGAAAGCUUUAGGAGACAAUCGACCAAGUCCAAGUAGCCCUCCUCAAUUACUUGCUAAUGGAGUACAUGACUACCUCAGCAAGGACUUCUCUUUUCCGCCAGGAGGCAUUCCAUCUCUGCGUUUGCCUAUGGUAGUGACUAGUCAGGAGACCAGCCUUGUGGCCAGGUGCCGAAGAGUGUAUGCUCAUGCUCAUGAUUACCAUAUUAAUUCAAUCUCAAAUAGCAGCGAUGGAGAAACCUUCAUUUCUGCUGAUGAUCUGCGAGUAAAUCUCUGGAAUUUGGAGAUCAGCAACCAGAGUUUCAAUAUUGUUGAUGUUAAGCCCACAAACAUGGAGGACUUAACUGAGGUUAUUACAUCAGCCGAGUUUCAUCCAAUCCAUUGUAAUAUGCUCGCAUAUAGCAGUUCAAAAGGCUCCAUCCGUUUGAUUGAUAUGAGGCAAUCAGCUCUGUGUGAUUCUCACACGAAAUUGUUUGAAGAACCGGAAGCACCUGGUUCAAGAUCAUUUUUCACAGAGAUAAUUGCCUCGAUUUCAGAUAUUAAAUUCUCAAGGGAUGGGAGAUACAUACUUAGUCGCGAUUACAUGACCCUUAAGCUGUGGGACAUAAACAUGGAUUCUGGCCCAGUUGCAUCUUACCAGGUUCAUGAACAUCUGAGACCCAAGCUAUGCGAUCUAUAUGAAAAUGACUCCAUCUUUGAUAAAUUUGAGUGUUGUCUCAGUGGCGAUGGAUUGAGGGUAGCAACAGGCUCUUACAGCAAUCUAUUCCGUGUAUUUGGAGCGUCUAAAGGAAGUACUGAAGCUGCAACUUUGGAAGCUAGCAAAAACCCUACGAGGAGGCAAAUCCAGACACCUGCAAGACCUUCCAGAUCUAUGACCAGUAUGAUUAGACGAGGAUCAGAGAGUCCCGGAGCUGAGAAUGGGAACGCAAAUGAUUUUACAAAUAAGUUGCUGCAUAUGGCUUGGCAUCCAACAGAGAACUCAAUUGCUUGUGCAGCAGCAAACAGCUUGUACAUGUACUAUGCAUGAACUGGAACUGGAACUGGAGAUAGAGAGAAGAAAAAAAAUAUGGAACUAGCUUGCUCCAGUUUAACUUUCCCUUUCUGGCUCUCUAUCUUUUCUUUCUUUCUUUCUCUUUUAACUACCAAAGUGAUGGUGUAACCACAAAAGGUGUAGUUAGUCACUGCGACGCAGGCCAUGGAAGAAGCAACAGUAUAAUCUUUCAGGAGUUAGAAGGUACAAAAUGUUGGGGAAGAAAAGAAGAGACCUUGUUGCCGAGGAUAAUAUUUUUUUCAGUUUCGACUCUAUUACUCUUUUAUUGUCUAUGAUUUUCUUAGGAUGAGACGAUUGGGAGGGUUGUGCUUCAAAUUUGUUUAUUGAUUCUUUUGUCUUUUUUUUUUACUUGAACACACCUUAUGAUCUCUCUAUGUCUCCUUUUCAAUUAUAUUUUCAGACACCCUUUUUUGAUUUUUUACCAA